GGAGUGUGAGUUUCUUGGCCCUGUUGGCAGGUGCCUGUCUUCUCAAAGGCCCCGUAGUCCUCCACUUCCUGAGGAGGCAGCAACAGAACAAAGCCAGCAGAGACUUCUUUUCUCUUCUUCGUCCCAGCCACGGCUGCCACGGCCUCUGCCUCUUGGCGCCAUCCUGGGGGAAAGGACAAGAUGAAGUGGAAGGUGCUUGUUACCGCGGCCAUCCUGCAGGCACAGUUUCCAAUUACAGGGGCACAGAGCUAUGGUCUGCUAGAUCCCAAACUCUGCUACCUAUUGGAUGGGAUCCUCUUCAUCUACGGUGUCAUUGUCACUGCCCUGUUCAUCAAAAUGAAGUUCGGCCGGCGAGCGGGCGCGGCCGCCCGCGAGGAGCCGCAGGGCCAGCUCUACCACGAGCUCAAUCUAGGACGGAGAGAGGAGUACGACGGCAUUUUGGAUAAGAGAGCGGCCCGAGACCCUGAGAUGGGAGGGAAACAGCAGAGGAGGAAGAAUCCUCAAGAAGUCGUGUACAAUUCGCUGCAGAAAGACAAGAUGGCAGAGGCCUACAGUGAGAUUAGGGUGAAAGGCGAGAACCAGCGGCGGAGAGGCAAGGGGCACGAUGACCUUUACCAGGGGCUCAGCACGGCCACCAAGGACACCUACGAUGCCCUCCACAUGCAGACCCUGCCUCCUCGCUAACAGCACAGGGGAUCUCACCACUCCCAGGCCAGAGCUGCAGACGCCUAGAUUGUUAAAGACACAGGAUAAAGCAUUUACAACCCAGUUCACUCAUACUUCUCACCACCAAAGAAUUCCUCUUUAUAAAUAGGACGCUUCAAGUUGUAACAUUAGGUCAUGUCCAAUUCCAAACCAUCACACACAGAAUGUCGUCCCUGGACACUGUGAAGGAGUGCGUCCCCCGAGGUAAUGCCCACCCUGUCCUUGAGGAGCCCGUUGUGAGCAAGCGUGUUCUCGGGGCUUCUGGUUUGCUGGAGACUGUGGGUAGGCCCCUCUCCCGGCGGCUCUGGGCUCUUACCUGGGAGACGGGCACACUCUUUCCUUCUCACAGCCCAUUUAAGUCUGUGUUUUGUAAAGUCCCUAGAGAAACCCCAAAUGUUAGCACAUGUCCUAAUAGUCUGUAUUGUUCUAUUAGUAUUUGAGUGGCUUCACUCCUGCUGUAAAUUUGGCUUCUGCUGUCAACCUACCCCCUCAUUUCAAGCUAACUUGUUAAUUGGGCUAAGGAGGCUGUUGUGGGUCCCCGUGAAAGGUCUGGGCGGAGGGAAAGAUGGAAGA